GAGAAAAAGGGGACCCGCAUCUCUUUAAAGCUCGCGCCGCUGCCACCUGUACGGCCGCGAUUGUACGCCUUCCUCACAGCGUCCAAUCGGAGAGCUGCUCUUGCGCGGCUAACCACUGGGGUCGCCGCUCGACCUUUCCCGUAAAGAACAGGAAAGAGAGGAGAGCAUCCGGGCGUCUGGGAUUCGCACCUUUCUGCUUUGGCGGCCCUACUUUUGUUUUUGUUUUUUUUUUUUCUUUUGCGCGACCGCGCUGUCGCAUUCCCGUUUUCCAUGGUGUACUUCGAUCGCCGCCGCGUGCUGUUUCGUGCUCCCGAGCUUCGCCGGCGACUGGAGAGCGAUCGAUCGGCCUCGACCUGAGAUCGCGCUUGCCUCGAUGAAGCCCCGAUGAGCGAGCGGCGGUGGGCGCGGUGGGCCUGGGGGUGGGCGGUGGUCGGGUCGCUGAUCUCGCUCGGCGCUUCCGUCGCCGGGGCCGGAGAUGAGAGGGUGGUGUCUCGGAUCGCCUUCGGGUCGUGCGCGAACCAAAGCGCGCCCCAGCCUAUCUGGGAUGCGAUCGUCAAGUUUGAUCCUCAGGUAUUCAUCUGGCUGGGCGACAAUAUAUAUGGAGACAUAAGGCGCCCUUUACAACUGUUCGGCAAAGAAAGGACGACAGGACCCUGGAAGAAUGUCCCAAGAUUUGUUCCUUCAUCUGAGCAGGAGAUGGAGUCCAGAUACACGAGAGCUAAGACGAAUCCUGGAUAUUCUCUUCUUCGACAGAAUGCUAAGGUAAUUGGCACUUGGGAUGACCAUGAUUAUGGACUGAAUGACGCAGGAAAGGAGUUUGGUGGGAAAAUCACCAACCAAAGGCUUCUCCUCGACUUCUUAGAUGAACCUAAGGAUAGUCCCAGGCGAAAGCAAGCAGGCGUUUAUGCAUCAUAUACAUUUGGUCCUGUGGGUAAGCAAGUAAAGGUUAUUCUCCUAGAUACGAGGUAUCAUCGAGAUCCUUUGUUUAGUGAUGGAAGCAUCUUGGGGUCGGAACAAUGGACGUGGUUAGAGAAAGAGUUGAUGGGGCCAGCAACAGAGUUAACUAUAUUUGGAUCUUCCAUUCAGGUCGUAUCAAAUCAUUCGGCUGCAACUGGCCCCAUGUUUUACCUGGAAGCUUGGGGACGUUUUCCAAAGGAGAUGGACCGGCUAUUUAAAUUAAUUGCGGAGAGUAAGAGAGAUGGUGUGUUCUUCAUAAGUGGAGAUGUUCAUUUUGGAGAAAUUGCAAGAUAUGACUGCGGGGUUGGUUAUCCAUUGUUUGACAUUACUUCUAGUGGGCUUACGCAAUCUGUGGAGAAGGCUGUCCCACCUCCAUUAAACAUGGUUUUGAGAUUUGUGGCAUGGUUGACGCCAAGUACUAUGAGGGUGAUGAGCCGUAACUGCAGAUUCAGGUCAUGCACUUAUGGUCUACCUAAUUUUGGCGCAAUUGAGAUACAAUGGGGUGAAAACCCAGUGAAAUUGAUAAUUCAAGUGAGAGAUACAGAUGGACAUCCUGUAACAAGUGCCAAUGUUUCGUUGUCUGAACUGAGAGCAUACAACGGGAAACUUGUGGCUGCCGACACCGCUGGAGGGUAUAAAAGGCACUGUUCUCUGGAAGUUACCUUACCAUGGAUUAUCAGAUAUCGUUUGGCGAUCUUGUUUUAUUGCGCCGUAGCUGUUUGUUUUCUUGCUUUUCUUGGAAUUGCCUAUGGAGUUGGAUCAUUCUGCUGGAAGUAUCUCCGGAAGUGCAAGCUCGAUUGAUGGUUACCAGGGCCAUCUUCGUCGAGUGCUGGGGCUCGGGCUUGGGCUUCUACAGCUGUGAAACCCAGUUUACAGCUUUCUGUUAGCUUCGUCUAUAGUUACAGAUGCCUCCAUUACUUCUGGCCGUCCUCUAUGAAGUGCUUGGGCUUCUAUAGCUGUUAAGCCCAGUUUAUAGCUUUCUGGUAGCAUCAUCUACCGUUACAGAUGCCUCCGUCAUUUGUCAUCUUCGAUACUUUCUGACAAUUCUUAAUGUUUGUUGUAGAAGAUAAGCUACAUGCACAGUCCCAGACUGCAGGCUUGGACAUUGACAGCGCAGGAAAAUCGCAUUGUCCUGCGAAAACAAGAUGUAGUUUUAGUUUCUAGGUUAUAAAAUUCAUGCUAACCUACGUUCCAAUGGGAAAUGAGACGUCUUUUAAUUGGAGUGAACGUCACUCUUGGUUUCUGAAUAUUAUUCUGCUAAUUUCUUAAGUAAUUCCUAUCUAUCUUGUACUUUUCCUUGUGAAGUUACUUCCAAUA